AUGGCCACCCUUCGUGUUCUUUCCUUCAACACUGAGGGCCGCCCUGUAGAGUUCGACUCCUGGCUAGAUGACUUGCAGCUCUACCUCAUUAGCACCAGCAAAGACGAGAUCUCACUCUUUGACCACACCUCCGGGGCCCUAGCCGCUCCUGCUGACAUAGCUACCCUUAGCGAGCGCUCUCAGUGGCUGACGCGCAAUGCUGCUACCCGCCUUGCUAUUCGCAACCACUUGCCGCUAGCGGAACUCAAGCACUUUGGCGAGCACAAAACCGCUAAGGCCCUGUACGACGCUGUAGUUGCUCGCUACUCCUCUCCUGCCACUGCUCCGCUCAGCCGCCUCAUGCUGCCGUACCUGUUCCCCGAGCUGUCGAGCUUUGCCACCGUAGCCGACCUCAUCACCCACCUUUGCUCUAGUGACGCUCGUGUCCGUGCCACACUCCGCAAGGAGUUUGUUGCCCAGCACCCCCCUCUGAUGUACUGGACGCUCCACUUUAUAGCGACCCUCAUCCCUCACAACCUUCGCUCAGUCAGGCACCACUUCCUAGCGCGCUGUCCCUCCGACCUUACCAUAGACCUCCUAGAGGAGCACCUCUUAGCCGGUGAGAGUAGCAUUGUUAGUGUGGCUGCUGCUCGUGGCGCUCCUCGCACCCCCAUCUUUGAGGGGUGCGCUUCUUCCCCUCUUGCCCCCUCCUACGCCACUGCUGCUGCCGUAGACUUCUUCAGAGCCGACUCGAUUGGUGCUGCCUCCGCUUCUACCGGGCGGCGCCGCACCGGCAAGGGCAAGGGGGGCAAGGGCGGUGGUGGCGGUGGCGGCGGAGGAGGAGGUGGAGGAGGUGGGUGUGGCGGUGGGAGUGGAGGCAGUGUAGGCGGGGGUGCUGGUGGGAGUGGCAGCGGCGGUGGGGGAGGUGGUGGUGGUGGCGGCGGCGGUGGGAGUGGAGGUGGUGGCGGUAGUGGCGGUGGUGGAGGCAGCGGAGGCGGUGGCGGUCGUGGUGGAGGCGCUGGUCAGAGACAGCAGCAGCAGCGGUCCCUUACGCCUCAGCAGCUUCAUGAGUGGUUGGCUCAGAGGGGUACGUCUGGGGGUACUCGCUGUCCGUAUGUCAUUCCCACCGGUGAGCGUACUGGUCAGACAUGCGGCAAGCCCCACCCCCAGCAGCGUUGCUUCUCCCGCCUUGACGACGCCUGGCGUGAGGAGAAGGGUGCAGAGGUUGAGACCCCUCGCUUGUUUGAUCUGCUUAAGAAGGGUGUAGACAUCUUUGCUCUUGACUAUGAUGUUAUUCUUGCUGCCAUGUAUGCAUUGUCUAUUAGUGCUGAGUGUGACUGCUACCUGUGUCUGCCGCCGGAUCCAGGUAUAGAACCAGGAGCUCUUGGUGCUUGCAAGUCUACGCUCUCAGGUACCGCGUCUGCUGCCUUAGGUGCGGGUGAGUCAGCUCUGUCAGGUACUGCGCCUUCUACCUCCUUGCACACCUUCACUCUUGACUCAGGUGCUUCCAGCUGUUUCUUCCGUGACAGCACAGCCCUCACACCGCUCCCUGCACCAGUUGCAGUCUCCCUGGCUGACCCCUCGGGAGGUCCAGUCCUUGCACGGUCUACCACUGUGCUUUCUUGCCCAGCGGUCCCGUCUGGUUUGCUGUCAGGUCUCCACCUCCCCUCGUUCUCUACGAACUUGGUGAGCAACGCUGUCCUUCAGGACUACUGGGUUGAUACCUUCACCCCUGGAGGACAGCGUGUGGCGAUCUGUACGUGCUCAAGGACUGGGCGACACCUGGCCACGUUCACGCGUGUGCCAGGGUCGAGCCUUGACACACUGACCACUGUGUCUCCACAGGUCGCUGCUGACGGUCAGGCGUCUGCAUCAGGUCAGCUAGACUCCCCUUGCUCGUGUCACUCCCUGUUGCAACAGACCGUUCUCUGGCACCACCGUCUGGGCCACACCUCCCUGCCCCGUCUUCGUGACAUGCACCGUCACAUCCUUGUGUCUGGUCUUCCCCGGACCCUGCCUCCCCUCCCUGCUUCGCCUGCCCCGACCUGCCUUCCUUGCGUUGAGGGGCGGCAGCGUGCCGCUCUUCACUCCUCCUUUUUUCCUUCGACAGAGGCUCUGCUGCAGACUCUCCACAUGGACGUGUGGGGCCCUGCUAGCGUCAGCGGACGGGGUGGAGAGCGGUACUUCCUGUUGGUAGUUGACGACUACUCACGUUACACCACGGUCUUCCCCUUGCGCACCAAGGGUGAGGUCCCUGCUAUCCCGAUCCCUUGGAUCCGAGCGGUUCGUCUCCAGCUACGCAGAAGGUUUCACACCGACCUCCCUGUUCUGCAUCUACACUCUGACAGGGGCGGAGAGUUCGCCUCCGACCUCUUGUGUGGCUUCUAUCAAGAGGAGGGCAUCACCAAGUCUUACACGCUUCCGGGCUCACCUCAGCAAAAUGGGGUUGCUGAGCGCCGCAUUGGCCUGGUCAUGGAGAUCGCUCGUACCUCCUUGAUCCAUGCGGCGGCUCCCCAUUUUCUGUGGCCGUUUGCCGUCCGGUACGCCGCACAGCAGCUCAACCUCUGGCCCCGUGUCUCCAUUCCGGAGACCUCGCCCACACUGAGGUGGACGGGGGAGGUUGGUGAUGCGUCGGUGUUCCGGGUCUGGGGUGCCCGUGCUCUUGCUUGCGAUACGUCCUCGGACAAGCUCUCCUCCUGCACCCUUCCCUGUGUCUUCCUCGGCUUUCCGACUGACACGCUUGGCUGGCAGUUUUACCACCCCGCCUCGCGUAGUGUCCUGUCUUCUCAGGACGCCACCUUUAACGAGUCAGUCCCUUUCUACCGCCUCUUUCCCUACCGCACUACCCCUCUCCCUCCCUUGCCGCUAUUCCUCGCUCCAGGUCCCCCUCCGGUAGACCCCCUUCCCCCCCAGGGUCCUGCUCCUUCAAGUGUGUCUCAGGUAGACCCACCCCCCUUCGCUGAGCCUGUCGAGGUCACCAGCGACUUAGGUGCUGCUGAGGGUGGUCCUGCUCGAGGUGCUGUGUCUGGAGGUUUUGAGCCACGGCGUGAGGUACUGGAGGGUGCGGGGCCUGAGGGUGCUGAGCCGGUGCGUGAGGUGCUGGAGGGUGCGGAGUCUGGGGGUGCUGUGCCAGUGCGUGAGGUCCUGGAGGGUGCAGAGCCUAGGCGCACUGAGAUGGAGGGAGCUGGACCGGUUUCUCGCCGGCCCCUUACACCAGAGGAGCUGCGAGAGUGGUUUGCGUUUCGUCAGCUACUGCGGAGGCGUCCUGGAUUUGGCGGUACUACAGCUGGAGCUGGAGACACUUGUGCUGCUAACACCACAAGCCCUAGAGGUGCUCGUACUGGAGGUACUCGAGCUGCCGAGGCCGGUAGUGUUGGAGGAGGUCCUGCUGUAGACUCUGGCACUAGAGGUACCGGGUCUGGGGGUGCUGCUGCUGGAGGUACUGGAGCUGGAGACCCUCGAGCUGCUGGUUCUGUUCUGGGGGUGCUGCUGGAGCUGGAGCUGCUGGAGGUGCUGCUAGAGCUGCCGAUGGAGCUGGUGGAGCUGGUGGAGCUGCUGGUGGUGCUGCUAUUGGUGCUGCUGGUGCUGGAGCUGCUGGAGGUGCUGCUCGAGCUGCCGGUGGAGCAGGUCGAGCUGGUGGAGCUGCUGGUGGUGCUGCUGUUGGUGCUACUGGUGCUGGAGAUGCUGGAGGUGCUGCUGGAGCUGCCGCCCCCUGGGUCUCCCUUCCCCUCCCCACUUGUCUCUCCUUGGACUCUCCCCUCCCCCCCCACUCUCUCUUGUUCUUGCUAUGGGGUACUACCAGCGCCCUAA